CGCGAUCUAAGCAAUUUGUUGCAUUGUUGCAUUGUUCGUGGAGGUCCAAAACGUGGGGGCAUUUGCCGAUUGUCAUCGCCACCGCAACAAUGGCUCAGGAGCGCGAAGAAUUUAUUGCCGUGUGCGGGAAGCUCAAACUGGAGGUUCUGGAGCUGCUGCGUACCAAGCACCAGCUACCUCACGACGCUCUCGACUGGGUGGAUGAGGUCGUCGAGUACAACUGCAUUGGCGGCAAACUCAACCGCGGUAUCAGCGUCGUGCACUGCACGCAAGCGAUGGCGCCGGGCAAGGAGCUCACCUCCGAGCUCAAGGAGAAGGCCAGUGUUCUUGGAUGGUGCAUCGAAUGGGUAAGUUAGGCUGCAAUAGGUUUAAAUCGUUAUUGUAGGAGCUUAUCGGGUAUCGUUGUGUUGAUUAGCUGCAAGCGUUCUUCCUGGUCGCGGACGAUAUCAUGGACGAGUCCAUCACUCGUCGUGGACAACCGUGCUGGUACCGCAAGCCCAAUGUGAAGAUGAUCGCCAUCAACGAUGCUUUCCUGCUCGAGGCGUUCGUAUUCCAGAUCCUCAAGAAGCACUUUCGAUCGGAGCCGUACUACCUGGAUUUGGUCGAAACCUUCCACGACGUUGUCUUCCACACUGAGAUCGGCCAGUUGCUGGACCUGACGUCUCAGCCUCUGGACGGCGAGGUGGACCUGGACCGCUUCACUGUUGAGCGCUACCGCCAGAUCGUGAUCAACAAGACGGCGUACUACACGUUUUACCUCUCGGCUGCGUGUGCCAUGUUCCUGAAUGGAGUUGUCGACGAGGCCUCGCACAACCUCGCCAAGAAGAUCUGCGUCCGAAUUGGCGAAUAUUUCCAGAUCCAGGACGACUUCCUUGACUGCUAUGGUGACGAGAAGGUGAUUGGCAAAGUUGGAACGGACAUUCAGGACAACAAGUGCAGCUGGCUGGUCGUCCAAGCGCUUGACCGCGCGACUCCCGAGCAGAGGGAGACGCUGAAGAAGAACUACGGCCGUAAUGACCCCGAUGCCAUUGCGGUCGUCAAGAAGCUUUACAUUGAGCUUGAGCUCGCUACUGUUUACCACCGCUACGAGGACGAAACGUACAAGACGCUCUCGGAGGAGAUCGCGCAGGUGACGAUCAUGCCCUCGGAGGUCUUCAAUUUGCUGGUUAGCAAGAUCUUCAAGCGCAACAAGUAAGCGUCCAAAUUCUGAAACACUGCAUUAAUAGAUUUAGUGCGGUUUGUCACUCCAAAGUAAGAAGAAAAGUAAAGGCAACUAUGCCAAUGCACAUCUAAUAGAUGAAGUGUACGUGCAACCACGACAAUGUCUCAGGUUU